AUGAUCUGCUGGUCAGGAUCUUUCUAUCCGCAACCCAUAACCAACUGGAAACGGAAAUCCACGGUCGGCUUAUCGAUUGAUCUAUCCACCAUCAAUCCUCUGGGCUUUGUCUGCUAUACGAUAUAUACCUCGGCCUUCUUAUUUUCACCUGUUAUUCGAUCGCAGUAUGCGGCCCGGUAUCCUGCUUCCCCCGAACCAACCGUGCGGUUCAAUGACCUCGCAUUUGCGGCGCAUGCUGCGUUAUUGUCCACCAUGAUGUACACGCAGUUCUGGCCUUUCAUCUGGGGGUUGCAUGUUUCCCGCGUACAGCGAGUCAGCUGGACAAUGGCAGGUCUCUUUUGGGGGUCUAUCCUGUUUCCUCUGGUGGUCAUGGCGAUUGUGCUGGUCCGAAGUCCAGAUGGAGGAUACGAUCCUUCCUCUUGGGCGUGGAUUGACGUGAUAUACUCCUUCUCGUACAUCAAGCUCUUGAUUACCGUUGUGAAGUACAUGCCCCAGGUAGCGUUGAAUUAUAAGCGCCAAUCUACCGUAGGGUGGCAUAUCGGGACCAUUCUCCUGGAUCUGGCGGGUGGAGCACUUUCGAUGCUUCAACUGGUGCUUGAUUCGAGCCUUCAAAGUGACUGGAGCGGUAUCACCGGUAACCCAGUCAAGCUACUUUUGGGCAACAUUACAAUCUUCUUCGAUGCGAUUUUCUGCAUCCAGCAUUAUGUUUUAUACCGAGAUCCCCCGGAUCUCAAGGGAACGCAUGGCGCAGGCGAGCAAACGCCCCUUUUGGUUGAACGAGACCCUUCAGUGUGA